AUGAUAUUCUACCAGAAGAUUGGUGGUGAAAGUUAUUUCAUUGAUAGUGUUACACACAACAGCUUUAUGUUAUUCAUCAUCUUACGUGAAUAUAUCUGUUCAUUAAUGAUGUCAGAUAACUCUGAGGACCAAAUACAGUAUAGUAAUUCAAAAGAUACAAUCAAUUUGUAUAUGCUAAUGUAUGAAAUGUUGAAGGAAAAUAUAGGUAAUCCAUUUGACAUAUUGAAAUGCAAUUCGCAAAGUGCACGUAUUCCUGCGUAUUUAAAAUCAUUGAUUCGAGGCCGAAUUGAAAGACUACGCAAUUACUACGAGGCUGUUGCGUACACAAAUUUGUCGACAUUUAAAAAUCUAAUCUUUGCGAAAUCAUUGAAUGUUGGCAAUGAAAUUGAUGACGAUGACGAUGAAGAAAGUGGUGAUGGCGGAGGUGAUGUUAGUCAAAAUAGUAAUAGAAGAAGAUUUCUUUUGACUAAAGACAGCGUUUUCGGUUUAUUUAUAAGAAAAUUUUCACUUGGAAUUUAUUCUCAAAGUUUUGAAAAAAUAAUACAAUUCCUUGAUUCAUUCUUUGAUGCCUAUGAUAAUGAAAUGUGUUCUAUAUCAAAUCUGGAUACUGAAGAUUUAAUUGUACAAAAGUUUGCUCAUUCAUUCACUAGAGAUCAAUAUUUAAUAUCAACUCGUAAUCAAGCUUUAGAUGUUUGUUCAGAAAUUAUCGAUUCUAUUGGGAAAAUUGGUGGACGUCCUAAUCUUAAUCUACAAAAAUACAAUGAACUUUUAUUGUUAGCUAAAAAAAUGUAUCCUGAAGUAUCAUAUACGCAUUAUGCCUCACAUGUAUAUGCUUUGCAUAAACGAAAUCUUACGAUGGCUGAGAACGAAUUACAUGCAUACUUUGAAACAUGUAUGGCAUCGGUACAAAAUCCAGAAAUAUCAUUAACAACGUCAACAUUUUCUGGAUCUGGCACAGUAUCAACAACUACAACGACAACAGCAGGACAAGGAACAAUCACAUCAUCAGUGUUAACUCCACCUAUCAAUUCUAGUAAUACCUGUGCUCAUAUGGCAGUGACUGGUGCUGCAAUGCAUUUAAAUUUCGGUCAUUGGUAUAAAGGAAAAUGUUUGAUUAAGGAAGCACUUCAAAAAUCGCUAGAAAGUGAAUCUAAAGAUUCACUUGGUCAUGUUAAAGUCACACAUACUUUAUUGAAUUCAAGUACUGAUCCAUUUCGUUAUGAUAAUGAAGUACCUAUGAAACAAUCAUUUAAAUCAAAUGAUGUUACAUUAACUGAAUUUCGUACAAAAUUUUGGAAUACAUUAGAUAUAGGAUCAGAACCAUAUAAACUAUUAACUGUUUACUUCAAUUCAGUUAAUACUAUAUCUCAAGCAUAUUUUACUGUUUGUCAAUUGGAUUUAGCUACAAUGUGGCAAUUUUAUGGUUAUCCAAAUAUGGCCACUGUAUUGAUGCAGUGUAUAAUUAAUGCAGAUUGUUUAGAACCAUGUCCUUAUUCCGAUACUGUAUUAGCUAAUGCUUUUGCAAACAUUAUAAAAGAGUUUAAUUCCAUGGGAUCAAUUGAGAUAGCAUUAAAAUUAUCUAAAAUAUGUCGAUCUAUAUUGUGUCGUUUUCCAAACCAAUCACCUUUACUACAAGCUAGCAUGGAAGUUGAACUGGAGCAACAUCUAAGAUCUGGUUAUGAUUUAGCUCAAUGCGAUCGUUUGGUUAAUUCAAUAAAACUUUAUUGUCCAUGGGAAUCUGCUAUAAGGCAAGCUGAAGUUGAACAAAAACGUGGCAAUGUAUCUUAUACACAUGAUAUUCUACGUUAUAUUAUUGAUAGUGUCAUUGCAAGACGUGAUCAUGACUGUGGACUAUUACAACAAUCAGCGAAUAAUAAUAAGUUAUUACAUUCAAAUGAAUUAUGGAGUCAAACAAAACCAUUUUCCCAUAUAAUAUUGCCUACAUUUCCUGAGCAUACACCUGUUGGUGGAUUAUGUAAAUUAGCAUUGAUUGAGUUACGUGCACAUUUGGCUUUAAUUGAAUUGUUGAUUACAUUGAAGCUUUAUGUAUAUGCUUUCAACGAGAUUGAUAUCACAUUGAAAUUAUGUAAACAUUAUCGAUUAAGUUUAGGUAUUGAAAUGAUUAAAUUAUUACAAUGUGCUAUCCAUUUAUCCAUGAAUAACAAUAUGAUGAUGAAUACUAAUCCUACUAAUGAUCUUCAUGAUAACAAGAAUACUAAAAUUGAUCAUAUUAAUGUUGAUCCAACCUCUCUAUGGAUUAAUGGAUUGAAACAAACAAAUUCCAAUGUCAUAUUUGAAUUGAAUAAUAGUUUAGAAGAGAUAUUACAUCGUACAGAUCAAUUAACAAAAUAUCGUUGUCAAGUAUUUUUGAGUCGUACACGACUAUUAAUUGAUAUCAAUGAGAAUAAUCAUUCAUUUAUUCAAAUGCAUAUGUCAGAACUCUUAAAAGCACUCAACUAUUAUCGACAAUUAGACGAUAGAAAACGUAUACUUGAUAUUCUAGUAUUAAUGGCAGCAGCAUUGAACUCAGUCAAUGAAUAUGUGAAACGAAAUGAAGUGUCCAAAUCAUUUCACAUAUUACGUGAACAUUUUGGUUUUAAAAGUUUACCUUCAAAACGUUUUAUUGUUGAUAUUUUAUAA